AUGUGGCCAGGGUGGCUUUCUCGAGCUGGGAUGAAGGACUUGAGCAGAAACUCAUUGCCAGCUUCUUCCCUGCGUGAGCACCGACCCCGAGUCCCAGGUUCUCCAUCUUCCCCCGGGACACCGUGCACGGUGCCUGGUCUUGAACAGCCAUGACGAUGGAGGUGCUCCCCAAGGCCCUGGAGGUAGACGAGAAGUCUCCAGAGUCCAAGGACCUGCUGCCCAGCCAGACAGCUAGCUCUCUGUGCAUCAGCUCCAGAAGUGAAUCCGUCUGGACCACCACCCCCAGGAGCAACUGGGAAAUCUACCGCAAGCCCAUCAUCAUCAUGUCAGUGGGAGCUGCCAUUCUGCUCUUUGGUGUGGCCAUCACCUGUGUGGCCUACAUCUUGGAUGAGAAGAAUAAGGUUGUGCCUGUCCUCAAGAUGAUAGGCCCUGCUUUCCUGUCCUUGGGACUCAUGAUGCUGGUGUGUGGGCUGGUGUGGGUGCCCAUCAUCAAAAAGAAGCAGAAGCAAAGGCAGAAGUCCAGCUUCUUCCAAAGCCUCAAGUUCUUCCUCCUGAACCGCUGAUGGCAGUCUGACCAGAAGAUCUGCUGACCAGCAUCCAGCCUCCUAACCUUCUCUCUGGGUACCACAAAGCUGAUCCAGACAAAGCCUCCUCUUGGCCCUGAGGGCAGGACAGAACUCAGGGUUUCACCCUCACACAACCUAACAGUGUUCCUGGCUGAGUCUCACCUGGUUCCUCCAUCGCUGUUGAUGCUCCCUCGGAUAUUCUCAAUACUCUCACCCCUGGCGCCUGCAUCUAACCAUCAUCCAGCCUACUCUCUCUAACAAGGGCAGUGCAUGCUGGGAAAUUCUCUGGGGGUUGUUUAUGCUCCUAAGAAGAACUUCGUGUUAUAAUUGUGUGUCUGGGCUGGAUUCUACAUCUGCAUCCUUCUGGAACCAAAACUGAUCAAGGAAGGAAGGAUGACUUCAGACCCACUGGGUUUGCCAGUCUUGGCUCCCUUCUUGGGUGAGACAUUGACUCAUUAUAAGAAACAGGACAAUUCUCAUGUAUCACACAUUCCAAAAUCUGGACAGCGAUGGGGGAUGGGAGAAGAAAAAACAGAACACUGUCCAGGGCAGAUCAUUCCUCUGGGCAUUGUUCUUGAAGUUAGCUAGCCAAGGAAGUUCAUUCCCAAACCCAUAGUAUUGACUCCAGAGGCAAUAAGGCAGGCUAAGGGGCGUCACAGUUUCCCCUCACCCCUCCAAUGUCCUUCUCACAGACUGCCUUCAUCUUGGCAAUUAGUCAAGAACAAAUGCUCCUUGUUCUAACUCCUUCCCCCACCCCACCUCUGUCUCUACGCAUCGCUAGAACAGAAGGAUGGAAGGGCACAGAUGGUACCUGUAAGGUCAUUUCCUCUUCUUCUUAAUCAAGACCUAACCUGAGAUGGAACGCCAUGUCCAAAAGUUCCAUGGGUGUCUAGAGACAGAUUCACCAAAGAUCCCAACCUCUGUCAUCCCUGCUCCUCCCCACCAAACAAGCAAGUGUUUAUUGAAUUUCCUUCUCUGGGCCUAGGUUGGGAACAGCUAGAUGCAGUCCCUGAUCUCAUCUUAUUUCCAAAAAUGAGAGAGAGAGGGACAUAGCCAAGCCGAUUGUCAAUACCACAUGCUGAGUUCCUAGAGUGACUAUGGGAAUGCAUGGGUCUAGCAUAAAUUUACAGGAAGUAAGAGAGAUUUCUGGAGACCAGACUCAUCCCUCUUGAAGCCAAAGGGAAAAUAAGUGUUAGGAAAGGACAAGGUAUGUAAGGAGGCAGCAACUGCCUUGCAUGUGAAAAAGCUGGGGCAGAGACCCCAUAGACUUAGGAUUCUGCGUAGCUCCUGGAUGCUGUCACAUCCUCUCAUCUACUUCCCUCCUGCUUCCCCAAGUGCCUUACAUCAAGCUUCUCCUUGGUACACUGCAAGCUCCUGGGUUCUAUAGAGACUUGGAAAGGCAACUCCAGAGGGCCUACCAAGUAGAUAUAACCCAAGAGGUAAGUGCCCUCAAAACUUAUUACAGACACCAAGAAGCCUGUAAGUGUCCAUAACAGAUCCCCCAAGCUGUGCAAGUCCAGGCCAGAGACCAGGAGAAAGAUUCUGAUAGCAGGAUGAAUGACAAGAAAUGCAUUAGUUCCAGUUGACCCCCUUCAUGCCUCUAUCUUCAGGCAUUUGGGAUCACCAUGGCAACCUUCCUCCAACAGGUCUCCAGAUGUCUCAGUCAUUCACAGUACUUCCAGAGUCAGAGUCAGAAUCCAUCUUUGUUUCUGUUGCCUUGUAGGAUAGUAUUUUUUUCAUGAGAUCACAUCACACACACACACACACACACACACACACACACACACUGACUACUUAACUAAAGAAUCAGAGUUUGAGGAGCCUCUGGCAUUUUAAGGCUCACUUAAGAUGGUCAUGUCCUUCAUUAAGACUCAUACCAGUGAGCCCAGGUCCUCCAGCAUACCCACCCCCCAGGAUGCAGGCAGGUCAGGACCAAACUGAGGGUUAUUGCAAUGCUGCCACUAAUUUGAGUGUUAGUGCCUCAGUAAUGGGCUUGUAGAUCACUUUCCUUUCUCCUGUCAUGGGAGGUCAGCCCUAUGAUGAAGCCUCUCAGUCCUUGGUGCUUUCAUGUAAGGGAGCACACAGGUGAGCUCACAGCCAGCUCACUUGGAGUCCAUAACCCCACACACCUCAUUGUCUGUGUACAGUUAUGAGAGGAGGGUCAUUGCAAACAUCACUGUCAUGUGUGUCUCCAUGGAAGGGAGUUUGGGAAUAAUCACGAUGCCAGGAAAUCUUCAAGUUCUAGACAUCUUUUGCCGCCACAUCAGUACCCGCCUCCCACCCCCACCUCUCAAGCUAAGUCUUCAGUAGACAGAAACAAAGAAGAAUCUUGGAGAAAAAAAUUCCAAAUAUUGGUUACCUCUCCCUACUGGGCUCCCCAUGCUAGUGAGGGCCAGGAAAUGGGCUGAAUCACCCCCAAAACAGUGCAUCUUUGAGCUUUUUGCCAAAGACCAUUGCCUUGUGAAAGCCUGAGGUGGGGAGAGUCUGUGAGUGAAGCCAGGCUGGAUGCCACAUUUCUGCAACAAAGCAUCCUGGACAAUGACUUUGACCAUCUCACUGGUCAGAAGACAGGACCACCAUCCACAGCACCAUCUCACCAGAACGUAUUAACUGCUCCUCCUUAGCUAUUCUGUUUUAAUCUAAUCCAAAGCCUAAAGAAAUCAAUGCCAUGUUGAAUUGUAUUCUAUUUAACAGUGUCUGAUGUGUUCAUCCUGUUUUAUCAGGCAUUCUAAGACUGUACCCACAAAACCCUCCUCCUCUAAAAUGUUCCUCCCAUUGCCACAUUUCCUUUCCCAAGAAGGAUGUCGGGGAGAAUGGAGACAGAGUGGGUUUCAUGCAUGGCUCCUCAGGUACCUCUCUGAGGUGAUGGUGGUGCAGAGGGAUCCCACAAACGCGGUAUUGAGACCCAAAACUUGACCUGAUGACACUACAUUCUAGAAUGAAUGUGUGGUCUAGAUGAGGCAGGCAGAUACCAAGUCCUGGAGAGAUGCUCCAAACACAAAUCAAAGUAGAAAAUGGUCUACUGGGACCUUACUUUCAUCUCCCAUCCCAGAAGCCUAUCUGUGCUUAGCCUAUAUGAGGAUAGCUGCUCAUGCCCAAGACUUUCUCCUGAGACUCAGUGGCAGCCUUGGAGAAUCUGCUGACCUAAGCAGGAGCUGUCUCUGUAACCAGGUUCCUCAGUUCUCCAGCACGGGACCACAUAUCUGAGGGACUAUGCUCAGUUUUCCUGCAACCUGCAGGUACCUAUAAGUGGGACCCCAGGCCAUCUCACAGUCCAGGUCUUCUAGGAUAAGGGAAAGACAGGUUCACUAAAGGUUGCCCCAGGAUGAGGCCAUCUCCCACUGUCCGGUGGGUUCCUCUG